GGAUUAAAGGUGUGCGUCAACCUCUGAACCAAGUUAUUAUCUGAGUCUCCGCGUUAUUAAAUGCGACUCCGGAGUGCAUAAGAUCCUUGUUGUGUGAGGGUCAUCUCAUGAUGUUCAGGGUCUUGCUGCUCCUGUUUGCCGUGGCUGGUCUCCAUGCAAGACCACUGCACCGAUUCCCAAAUGGUAAAUUAAAACCAAUUGGGCCACAAAUGGUCCAAGAUGAACACAGGGAUAGCUCAGUUCUGAAGCACAUGAACACUGAUGUGAAACCCAAGAAGCAACUACCAGUUCCCGCUGAGUUCUGCAGACAGGGAACAGAACCUUCCAGACGCUUCCUGAUGGACCUGAACACUGGGAUGCUCAAGCGUGGAGUUGGCAAAGUGAACGGAAAAGUUUCAGGAUUGGAUGAGCUCAAACAAGGCACUGAGAACCAGCUGCACACCCUGCAAGAGCUCAGAAUGCGUCCCAUGAUGAGAUCGCAGUACAGCGCUCAGAGCGAAAAACACGAGCAGAGAGCGAUCCCUGCCGAGGUGUACAGAAAAGGCACUGAAAAUUCCAGAAAUGUCCUGAUGGACCUGAACACCGGUCUGCUCAAAGAACACAUGAACAAGAUGGACAGGAGAGUAGUGGCAGCUAAAUGGGAAGUGGUUUCUGAGCAUGAGGAUAUAAGAAGCCAAGACUCUUCUGAACAUAAGGAGAACCACAAAGCAGUUCCUGUUGAGAUCCGCAGACAGGGAACAGAACCUUCCAGACGCAUCCUGAUUGACUUGAACACUGGGAUGCCCAAGGAGGAACUCAGCGAAAUGAACAGAAGAGUUUCUGGCUUCUACAAUCCAGCAGCUAUUGAGAAGAGGCAAGGAACAGAACCUUCCAGACGCUUCCUGAUGGACAUGGACACUGGGAUGCUCAAGCACGAAUUAAGCGAAAUGAACAGAAGAGUUUCCGGCUUCUACAAUCCUCCAACUUAUGAGAUGAGGAAGGGAACCCAGAAUUCUCGCGCCACUCUGGUGGAUCCCAGAACUGGACAACUGCUGGAAUCUCUAACAGAGCUCCAGAGGAGCGCAGCGCCAUUGGAUGAGUUCAGACAAGGCACUGAGUACCAGCCAUUCAUCCUACAGGAGCUCAGACGGAACAAACAAGACACUGAACCUUCCAGAAACCUCCUGAUGGACCUGAACGCCGGUCUGCUCAAAGAACACAGGAAUGAGAUGGACAGGAGAGUAGGGGGCUCAGCUAAAUGGGAAGUGGUUUCUGAGCAUGAGGACAUAAGAAGCCAAGACUCUUCUGAACAUAAGGAGAACCACAAAGCAGUUCCUGUUGAGAUCCGCAGACAGGGAACAGAACCUUCCAGACGCAUCCUGAUUGACUUGAACACUGGGAUGCCCAAGGAGGAACUCAGCGAAAUGAACAGAAGAGUUUCUGGCUUCUACAAUCCAGCAGCUAUUGAGAAGAGGCAAGGAACAGAACCUUCCAGACGCUUCCUGAUGGACAUGGACACUGGGAUGCUCAAGCACGAAGUUAGCGAAAUGAACAGAAGAGUUUCCGGCUUCUACAAUCCUCCAGCUUAUGAGAUGAGGAAGGGAACACAGAAUUCUCGCGCUACUCUGGUGGAUCCCAGAACUGGACAACUGCUGGAAUCUCUAACAGAGCUAAAGAGGAGCGCAGCGCCAUUGGAUGAGUUCAGACAAGGCACUGAGUACCAGCCGUACAUCCUACAGAAGCUCAGACUGAACAAACAAGACACUGAACCUUCCAGAAACCUCCUGAUGGACCUGAACGCCGGCCUACUCGAACACCAAAAUAAGAUGGACUCUUCUGAACAUAAGGAGAACCACAAAGCAGUUCCUGUUGAGAUCCGUAGGCAAGGAACAGAACCUUCCAGACGCAUCCUGAUUGACACAAACACUGGUAUGCCCAAGGAGGAACUCAGCGAAAUGAACAGAAGAGUUUCCGGCUUCUACAAUCCAGCAGCUAUUGAGAAGAGGCAAGGAACAGAACCUUCCAGACGCUUCCUGAUGGACAUGGACACUGGGAUGCUCAAGCACGAAGUUAGCGAAAUGAACAGAAGAGUUUCCGGCUUCUACAAUCCUCCAGCUUAUGAGAUGAGGAAGGGAACCCAGAAUUCUCGCGCCACUCUGGUGGAUCCCAGAACUGGACAACGGCUGGAAUCUCUAACAGAGCUCCAGAGGAACGCAGCGCCAUUGGAUGAGUUCAGACAAGGCACUGAGUACCAGCCGCACACCCUGCAGGAGCUCAGGAUGCAUGACAUUGUUAGACCAAAGUAAAGCGCUUAAAACGUGUACGAAAGUCACCGUGUUUAGAAUUGAUGAGGCCUGGUGGACAACGUUUGGCUGUGUUCGUACCCUAUGACUGCAUGAAGACCAUCUCAGAACAUCUAGUUGACUGUACUGUUGUAUUCAGAGGUUUCAUGCAAUAAAAGUGUCAUGCGAUAUUUGGAAUGACUGCACAAGUUAUAUCUGCAAAAUAAAUGCAUUACCAAAAUCA